CGGUAUGGGAAUUGAGAAGCUUCCGCUUUCUCAACGCCCGCUGCGCUCUCCUGCUCUCUGCGCCACUUGCAGCACCGCUGCCAGCGCCAUCAGUGGCAGCAGCAGCCUCAGCAGAAGUGGCGCCGAGCGUGGUGGGCCCAGCCGUGACACCCUCGCCCAGAGCAGACGCACGGAGGGGGUAACAGGGGGUAACCUGCACGCACGGAAACUGUGCCUGCGAGGGGAAGUCGGAAGGGGAGGGAGGAGAGCAAGAGGUAAAGGGAAAGGGAGCCGGGGGGAGGGAAGGUACACAAAGGGGGAGCAGGAACGGGAACUGAGGGUGGGGGAGAGAAAGGAGGAGGAGGAGGAGGAGGAGGAGGAGGAGGAGGAGGAGGAGGAGGAGGAGGAGGAGGAGGAGGAGGAGGAGGAGGAGGAGGAGGAGGAGGAGGAGGAGGAGGAGGAGGAGGAGGAGGAGGAGGAGGAGGAGGAGGAGGAGGAAGAGGAGGAGGAGGAGGAGGAGGAGGAGGAGGAGGAGUAAGGAGGAGGCACAACCACAUACCCCUAGG